CCAUGUCUCACACAGCUCUGCCCCGCUCCUUAAUUCCCGCAACCCAGGCCUUUAAUAACCUGGAGAAUCUGGUCUUUGGCAAAGGAUUCCAAGCAAAGAUCUUCCCGGAGAUUCUCUUCUGCCUCCUGUUGGCUCUUUUUGCAUCUGGCCUCAUCCAUCGAGUCUGUGUCACCACCUGCUUCAUCUUCUCCAUGGUUGGUCUGUACUACAUCAACAAGAUCUCCUCCACGCUGUAUCAGGCAACCACUCCAGUCCUCACACCAGCCAAGGUCACUGGCAAGAGCAAAAAGAGAAACUGACCCUGACCACCAAUAAAGUUGAUUGUUUGUA